GUGCGAGAGAGCCCUGACAGGGCAGCGGGAGCCGCUUCCUCGCGGAACGGGAGGGCCGAGGGAGGCUGGCUGGCUUGGUUGUCCAGCCUGCUGAAAAGGUUUGGCUGGCAAAGGGAAGAUGUCUUCAGAAUCAUUUUGUUUGGCUGCUCAGACUAGGUUUGAUUCCAAAUGGCUGAAGACAGACUUACAGCUUGCUUUUACACGGGAUGGACUCUGUGGCCUGUGGAAUGAAAUGGUCAAAGAUGGUGAAAUCGUAUACACUGGAACAGAACUUUCCCAAUGUGGUGAAGCAUCUCCACGGAAAGAUGAAAGCACUGAAGCUCAGGCUGGAUCAAAGAAAGAAGAGCAGAAUGACAAAGAAAGGAAAGAUGAAGAAGAUACACCAUUACCUACCUAUAGAGCCAAAUCAAUUGUUGAGAGUUGGGUUUGGGGCAAACAGCCAGAUGUGAGUGAGCUGAAAGAGUGCCUUUAUGUCCUGGUGAAGGAGCAGCAAGCGCUGGCCAAGAAAACUGCCACCACAACGCUCUCUGCUCUGAGGCUAAAACAGAGGCUUGCAAUCUUAGAACGCUAUUUUAUUGCGUUAAAUAGAACUGUCCUUCAGGAAAAUGUCAAGGUUAAGUGGAAAAGUAGCAAUAUUCUUCUGCCUGCUGUGGACAAGAAAAGUCCCAGACCUAUAGGCAAAGGUGUUGAAGGUCUUGCCCGUGUGGGAUCCAGAGCUGCCCUUUCGUUUGCAUUUGCAUUCCUACGGAGAGCUUGGAGAUCAGGUGAGGAUGCAGACCUCUGCAGUGAAUUAUUACAAGAGUCUCUUGAUGCUCUGCGAGCAUUACCGGAAGCAUCGCUCUUUGAUGAAGGAACAGUAUCAUCUGUAUGGCUGGAAGUUGUGGAGAGAGCAACUAAAUUUCUAAGGUCUGUUGUAACUGGGGACAUCCAUGGAGCUCCGGGUUCAAAAGGAUCAGGAAACAUUCCAUUGCAAGACCAACACUUGGCACUUGCUAUAUUAUUAGAACUGGCUGUCCAGAGAGGCACACUAAGCCAAAUGUUGUCUGCUGUCAUGCUGUUACUUCAACUUUGGGACAAUGGCACUCGGGAAACAGAUAAUGAAAGAUCAGCACAGGGAACCAGUGCCCCCCUCCUUCCUUUGCUGCAAAGGUUUCAGAAUAUAAUUUGUAACAAAGAGAUAAACAAUACUGAAGAAGAACUUCAGAUGCUGACCUACCCACUAAGUCCGAAUGAAAACUUCCUAAGGUAUCUAAUAUUGCCACAGGACAAUGAGCUGGCAAUUGAUUUAAGGCAAACAGCAGUUGUGAUUAUGGCUCACCUAGAUCGCUUAGCCACUCCCUGUAUGCCACCACAGUGCAGUUCUCCAACAUCACAUAAGGGAUCUUUGCAAGAAGUUAUUGCAUGGGGGUUAAUAGGAUGGAAAUAUUAUGCUAAUGUGAGUGGUCCACUUCAGUGUGAAGGACUUGCCAAUCUUGGAGUUACACAGAUUGCUUGUGCAGAGAAGCGCUUUUUAAUCUUAUCUAGAAAUGGACGUGUUUACACACAAGCAUACAAUAGUGACACACUGGGACCUCAACUGGUGCAGAGUCUUGCUUCUAGAAACAUUGUCAAGAUUGCAGCCCAUUCAGAUGGGCACCACUACCUUGCUCUGGCAGCAACUGGAGAAGUUUUCUCAUGGGGUUGUGGAGAUGGUGGGCGACUGGGCCAUGGGGAUACUGUACCUUUAGAAGAACCUAAGAUGAUUUCUGCUCUGUCUGGGAAGCAAGCUGGAAAACACGUUGUACAUAUUGCAUGUGGAGGGACCUAUAGUGCUGCCAUCACUGCUGAAGGAGAGUUAUACACAUGGGGUCGAGGAAAUUAUGGCAGACUGGGCCAUGGCUCCAGUGAAGAUCAGACAAUCCCAAUGUUGGUUACUGGCCUGAAAGGACUAAAGGUCAUUGAUGUAUCUUGUGGAAGUGGUGAUGCUCAGACUCUCGCUGUGACUGAAAAUGGCCAAGUAUGGUCUUGGGGUGAUGGAGAUUACGGGAAACUAGGAAGAGGUGGCAGUGAUGGUUGCAAAACUCCCAAACUGAUAGAGAAACUUCAAGACUUGGAUAUUGUCAAAGUACGCUGUGGGAGUCAGUUUUCAGUUGCUCUCACAAAAGAUGGACAAGUCUAUUCUUGGGGAAAGGGUGACAACCAGAGGCUUGGGCAUGGAACAGAAGAACAUGUUCGAUAUCCCAAACUGCUUGAAGGUUUGCAAGGAAAAAAAGUAAUAGACGUAGCAGCUGGAACUAACCACUGUUUAGCACUCACGGAAGAUAGUGAAGUAUUCAGCUGGGGAAGCAAUGAUCAAUGCCAGCAUUUUGACACUCUGAGGAUCACUAAACCUGAGCCUACUGCUCUUCCUGGAUUAGAUUCCAAGCACAUUGUUGGCAUUGCCUGUGGACCAGCCCAGAGCUUUGCCUGGUCCUCUUGUUCGGAGUGGUCCAUUGGUUUACGUGUGCCUUUCGUGGUAGAUGUUUGCCCAAUGACAUUUGAACAACUGGAUCUCUUGCUGAGACAAGUGACAGAAGGAAUGGAUGGCACUGCUGACUGGCCACCUCCGCAGGAGAAAGAAUGUAUGGCCGUGGCUACGCUGAACCUUCUAAGGCUACAGCUUCAUGCUGCAAUUAGUCACCAAGUAGACCCGGAAUGUCUUGGUUUGGGAUUAGGCAGUGUCUUGCUCAAUAGCUUGAAGCAGACGGUAGUGACUUUAGCAAGUAAUGCUGGUGUGCUUAAUACUGUGCAGUCAGCGGCUCAAGCAGUGUUGCAGAGUGGAUGGUCUGUGUUGCUUCCAACAGCAGAGGAACGAGCUAGAGCUCUUUCAGCACUUUUACCCAGUGCAGUUUCAGGGAAUGAAACAAAUGUAAGUCCAGGUCGUAGAUUUAUGAUUGAUCUUCUGGUUGGAAGCUUAAUGGCUGAUGGGGGUCUAGAAUCUGCACUGAACGCUGCUAUCACUGCAGAAAUCCAGGAUAUAGAGGCAAAAAAAGAAGCCCAGAAAGAAAAAGAAAUUGAUGAGCAGGAAGCAAAUGCAUCAACACUUCACAGGAAUAGAACACCAUUGGACAAAGACCUCAUUAAUACUGGGAUCUAUGAAUCGGCAGGAAAACAAAGCUUGCCUCUGGUUCAGUUAAUUCAGCAGUUACUAAGGAACAUUGCUUCACAGACAAUAGCUAAACUGAAAGAUGUGGCUCGUCGUAUUUCUUCCUGCUUAGACCAUGAACAUUACAGCAAAGAGAGGUCUGCUUCUUUGGACUUGCUGCUACGUUUUCAGCGCUUACUUGUCAGUAAGCUGUAUCCAGGAGACAGCGUUGGACAGAUCCCUAAUGCAUACAGUCCUGAGCUUCUUGGAGUUGGUUCUCUGCUAAAGAAAUACACAGCCCUUUUGUGUACACAUAUUGGAGACAUACUGCCUGUAGCAGCUAGCAUUGCUUCCACUACUCAUAGGCAUUUUGCAGAAGUAUCUCGUGUUGUAGAUGGAGAUCUUACAGGUGUACUCCUUCCAGAGUUGGUGGUAUCUAUAGUACUUCUUCUCAGUAAAAAUGAUGGGCUUAUACAGGAAGCUGGUGCGAUUCCUCUAUUGGCUGGUCUGCUAGAACAUUUGGACAGAUUUAACCAUUUAGCUCCUGGUAAAGAGAGAGAUGACAACGAAGACCUGGCUUGGCCAGGAAUAAUGGGUUCCUUCUUUACAGGACAGAAUUGCAGAAAUAAUGAGGAAGUAACACUUAUACGCAAAGCUGACCUGGAGAACCACAAUAAAGAUGGCGGCUUCUGGACAGUGAUUGAUGGCAAAGUGUAUGAUAUAAAGGAUUUCCAAACACAGUCAUUAACAGGGAGCAGUAUACUUGCUCAGUUUGCAGGAGAGGAUCCAGUUGUUGCUUUGGAAGCAGCUUUGCAAUUUGAGGAUACAAGGGAAUCGAUGCAUGCCUUCUGUGUUGGCCAAUAUAUGGAGCCUGAUCAGGAAGUGAUCACUACACCAGAUACUGGUAGUCUGUCAUCACCUCUCAUAGACACUGAAAGAAAUUUAGGGCUGCUUCUUGGGCUACAUGCUUCCUACCUAGCAAUGAGCACACCGCUUUCUCCUGUGGAGGUUGAAUGUGCCAAGUGGUUGAAGUCUUCCAUUUUCUCCGGAGGCUUGCAAACUAGUCAGAUACAUUACAGUUAUAAUGAGGAGAAGGAUGAAGACCACUGCAGCUCUCCUGGUAACACUACCCCUAACAAAUCAAAACUGUACUCAAAUCGACUGACUUUGAGUGACCACUCACAGCCAUUUCUGCAAGCGAUUGCAGACAACAGUAUCCAGGAUCACACUGUGAAGGACUUCUUAUGUCAAGUGGAGAGAUACUGCAAACAGUGUCACUUGACAACACCAAUUACAUUCCCUCUGGAGCAUCCGGUGGAAGAAGUAGGACGUCUGUUGUUAUGUUGCCUUCUAAAGCACGAGGAUUUAGGUCAUAUAGCACUCUCUCUUGUUCAUCCUGCUAUGCUAGGAGUUGACCAAGUUAAACACCGAACACUUCCAAAAUCUGUAGCAGAUGUGUGCCGUGUUGUUUAUCAAGCAAAAUGUUCCCUGAUCAAGACUCAUCAAGAACAAGGAAGAUCUUAUAAAGAAGUCUGUGCUCCUGUAAUUGAACGAUUGAGAUUCCUCUUCAAUGAAUUGCGUCCAGCAGUGUGUAAUGAUCUCUCCAUCAUGUCGAAGCUUAAAAGCCUAAGUUCUCUGCCCCGAUGGAGAAGGGUGGUUCAGAAGAUAAUUAGAGAGAGAAGGAAAAAGAGAGUCCCUAAAAAAUCUGACUCUUCUGAUGUGGAAGAAUCCAAAAUUGGGAAUGAAGGGAGUGACUUGGAAGAGCCAUGUGUUAUACCUCACAGCCCUGUAACAGCUGAUAAAAGACCGUUGCCAGUCAAAUCACCAAAGGAUAAAUGGCAGCCACUGAUAAAUACAGUUACAGGUGUUCACAAAUAUAAAUGGCUGAAACAAAACGUGCAAGGCUUAUAUCCUCAGUCUGCUCUUCUCAACACCAUCGUUGAAUUUGCUCUAAAAGAAGAGCCUGUUGAUGUAGAAAAAAUGAGGAAGUGCUUACUGAAGCAGCUAGAAAGAGCUGAAGUCCGUUUAGAGGGAAUCGAUACAAUUCUAAAGCUGGCAACCAAAAACUUCCUGCUGCCUUCUGUACAAUACUCUAUGUUCUGUGGAUGGCAAAGACUUAUUCCGGAAGGAACCAAUAUAGGGGAGCCUCUCACAGACUGUUUAAAGGAUGUUGAUCUGAUUCCACCCUUCAAUCGUAUGCUUCUGGAAGUUACUUUUGGAAAGCUGUAUUCAUGGGCUAUUCAAAACGUUCGGAACAUCUUGCUUGAUGCCAGUAGCAGGUUCAAAGAACUAGGGAUCCAACCUGUUCCUUUGCAAACCAUUACCCAUGAGAACCCUGCAGGACCAAGUCUUGGGACCAUUCCACAAGCACGUUUCUUACUGGUCAUGCUCAACAUGUUAACUCUACAGCAUGGUGCAAAUACUUUGAAUCUUCUUCUCAAUUCUGGCAUGUUGGCAUUGACACAAACCACACUGCGGCUCAUAGGUCCCAGUUCAGACAACGUUGAAGAAGAUAUGCUUGCUUCCUCCCGCGGUGCUUCUGCUACAGUCCUAGAAGAAUCUAGGAAGGAGACCACUCCAGUUCAACUUCCUGUUUCAGGACCGGAGCUGGCAGCCAUGAUGAAGAUUGGUACCAGAGUGAUGAGGGGGGUAGAUUGGAAAUGGGGCGAUCAGGAUGGGCCACCUCCAGGUUUGGGUCGUGUGAUUGGAGAAUUGGGUGAAGAUGGAUGGAUUAGAGUUCAGUGGGAUACUGGCAGUACCAAUUCUUACAGGAUGGGAAAAGAGGGCAAGUAUGAUCUCAAACUGGCUGAACCACCACCUGCUUCUCAGCCUGCAACAGAAGACUCAGACACAGAGGACGAUUCUGAAGGAGAACAAGUUGAAAGAAAUGUCCAUCCGACUUCCAUGAUGCUGACAAGUACAGUGAACCUGCUGCAAACUCUCUGUCUCUCUGCUGGAGUCCAUGCUGAAGUAAUGCAGAGUGAGGCAACCAGAACUUUAUGUGGGCUGCUCCGCAUGCUGGUAGAGAGUGGAACUAUCGAUAAAUCAACUUCCUUGCCAAAUACUAUGGUUAAUAAGGAGCAGCACAGGAGCUGGUGUACAUUGGGAUUCAUCCGAAGUAUAGCACUCAUGCCUCAGAUGUGCAGCACUCUUAGUACAUCACAGUGGAUAACUCUGCUAAUGAAAAUUGUAGAGGGACAUGAAUCAUUCACGGCUGCAUCUCUACAACGACAGAUCCUCUCAGUGCACUUACUACAAGCAGUGCUUCCCUCUUGGGAUAAAACUGAAAGGUCAAGGGAUAUGAAAUUCCUUGUGGAAAAAUUGUUUGGUUUCUUGGGUAGCCUACUUACUACUUGCUCUUCAGAUAUCCCACUGCUCAGAGAAUCUACUCUGAGGAGGCGGAAAGCCAGGCCUCAGGCCUCUCUGACUGCAACUCACAGCAGUACUUUGGCAGAAGAGAUAGUGGCACUGCUGAGGACAUUGCAUUCACUGAGCCAAUGGAAUGGACUCAUAAACAAGUACAUCAACUCUCAGCUAACCUCCAUCACCCACAUCUUUGCAGGAAAACAGUCAGAAGGGGCUGUCCUGGAAGACUUCUUCCCUGACACAGAGAGUCCAGAGGUGGGAGGCCUGAUGGCUGUUCUGGCAGUCAUUGGUGGAAUAGACAGUCGCCUGCGGUUAGGUGGCCAAGUAGUUCAUGAUGAAUUUGGAGAAGGCACGGUGACCAGGAUCACUCCCAAGGGAAAAAUUACAGUGCAGUUUUAUGACAUGAGAACCUGCAGAGUCUGUCCUCUCAGUCAGCUAAAACCACUCCCCGUGAUUCCUUUUAAUGUGAACAACUUGCCAUUCACUGAAUCCAUGCUGUCUGUUUGGGCUCAGUUGGUAAACCUGGCUGGAAGUAAAGUAGAAAAACACAGAAUGAAGACUCCCAAUCAGGGUCUUUCUGGACAAAUAGACUUGGAUCUGCUGAGAUGCCAGCAGUUAAAACUAUACAUACUAAAAGCAGGUCGAGCUCUGCUUUCUCAUCAAGAUAAAUUAAGGCAAAUCUUAUCUCAACCCGCAGUGCAAGAUGCUGGCUCAGUUCCCACAGAUGAUGGUGCUGUGGCAUCACCUGAUAUAGGAGACAUGUCCCCUGAAGGACCUCAGCCUCCCAUGAUCCUCUUGCAACAACUAUUGACAGCAGCAACACAGCCAUCACCUGUGAAGGCAAUAUUUGAUAAGCAAGAACUUGAGGCUGCUGCAUUGGCUGUGUGUCAAUAUCUGGCUGUAGAGUCUGCGCAUCCUUCAACUCCCAUCUUUGAGGACUGUAGCUCCAGUGAGGCUACAACGCCCAUUACAAUCCAGCAUAUCAGACCUGCAAAAGUGAAAAAACGCAAAGUGUCCCCUAUUCCACCACUUCCAAUUGUAGUGCAGCUUAUGGAAAUGGGAUUCUCUAGAAAGAAUAUUGAGUUUGCACUGAAAUCGCUUUCGGGAACUGCUGGGAGUGCUUCUGGGUUGCCAGGUGUAGAAGCCUUGGUGGGAUGGCUUUUAGAUCAUCCUGAUGUUCAGAUUACUGAUCUCUCAGAUGGCGACACUGUAUCUGAUGAAUAUUCUGAUGAAGAAGUGGCUGAGGAUGUGGAGGAAGCAGAAGCUGCAUAUCCCGUGUCCACUGGUGCCGUUGUAACAGAAAGCCAGACUUACAAGAAACGAGCUGAUUUCUUAAGCAAUGACGAUUAUGCUGUAUAUGUGCGAGAGAAUAUUCAGGUGGGGAUGAUGGUUCGAUGCUGUAGGACAUAUGAAGAAGUUUGUGAGGGUGAUGUGGGCAAAGUUAUUAAACUGGACCGUGAUGGGCUGCAUGAUCUCAAUGUUCAAUGUGACUGGCAACAAAAAGGUGGCACUUACUGGGUCAGAUAUAUCCAUGUUGAACUUGUAGGAUUCCCACCGCAGAGCUCUCCCUCACAUAUAAAGAUUGGCGACAAAGUGCGUGUUAAAACCUCUGUAACUACACCUAAGUACAAGUGGGGAUCUGUCACCCACAGGAGUGUGGGAGUUGUGAAAGCUUUUAGUGCCAAUGGAAAGGAUGUCAUUGUUGAUUUUCCUCAGCAGUCUCAUUGGACUGGAUUAUUGUCAGAAAUGGAACUGGUUCCCAGUAUUCAUCCAGGGGUUACGUGUGAUGGCUGUCAGAUGUUUCCCAUCAAUGGACCUAGGUUUAAAUGCAGAAACUGUGAUGACUUUGAUUUCUGCGAAACCUGCUUCAAAACCAGCAAACACAACACACGGCACACUUUUGGCAGAAUAAAUGAACCAGGUCAGUCUCCGGUAUUUUGUGGCCGUUCUGGAAAGCAGCUGAAGAGACGUCAUAGUAGCCAACGAGGAAUGCUCCUGGACGAUUGGUCAAGAAUUGUUAAAAAUUUGAAUGUGUCAUCUUCUGUAAAUCAGGCUUCACGUUUGAUUGAUGGAGGGGAACAGUGUUGGCAGUCUUCUGGCUCACAAGGAAAGCACUGGAUUCGCUUGGAGAUUUUUCCUGAUGUCCUGGUACACCGACUGAAAAUGAUAGUAGACCCUGCAGACAGCAGCUACAUGCCGUCUUUGGUUGUGGUUUCAGGCGGAAGUUCUUUAAACAACCUGAUAGAGUUGAAGACAAUCAAUAUUAAUCCUACAGACACUACAGUUCCUCUUCUUGGUGAUUGCACAGAGUAUCACAGGUAUAUUGAGGUUGCUAUAAAGCAGUGCAGGAGUUCUGGUAUAGAUUGCAAAAUACAUGGUCUCAGCAUAUUGGGGCGUAUCCGGGCAGAGGAUGAAGACCUAGCUGCAGUCCCUUUUCUUGCUUCUGAUAAUGAGGAAGAAGAAGAUGAUAAAGCUAAUACUGGGAGUCUUGUUAGAAAGAAGACUGCAGGCCUGGAAUCCGCGGCUACAAUAAGGACCAAAGUUUUCGUUUGGGGCCUGAAUGAUAAAGACCAACUGGGAGGAUUAAAAGGUUCUAAGAUAAAGGUUCCUUCAUUUUCUGAAACCCUCUCUGCCCUGAAUGUGGUGCAGGUAGCUGGUGGAUCCAAAAGUCUUUUUGCAGUGACUGUAGAGGGUAAAGUGUAUGCCUGUGGAGAGGCCACUAAUGGAAGACUGGGAUUAGGCCUAUCAAGUGGAACUGUACCUAUUCCCCGCCAGAUUACUGCUCUCAGUAAUUAUGUCGUCAAGAAAGUUGCUGUUCACUCAGGUGGCCGCCAUGCUAUGGCUUUGACUGUUGAUGGAAAGGUCUUCUCCUGGGGCGAAGGUGAUGAUGGGAAGCUUGGACAUUUCAGUAGAAUGAACUGUGAUAAACCAAGGCUGAUAGAAGCACUGAAAACAAAGCGUAUUCGUGAUAUUGCCUGUGGCAGUUCUCACAGUGCUGCCAUCACCUCUAGCGGUGAAUUGUAUACAUGGGGCCUUGGUGAAUAUGGUCGUCUUGGACAUGGGGACAAUACUACACAACUUAAACCAAAGAUGGUUAAGGUGCUUCUUGGUCAUAGGGUCAUUCAAGUUGCUUGUGGAAGCAGAGAUGCUCAGACUCUGGCUUUGACAGAUGAGGGGCUAGUAUUUUCCUGGGGAGAUGGAGACUUUGGAAAACUGGGUCGAGGAGGCAGUGAAGGAUGCAACAUUCCUCAGAAUAUUGAAAGGCUGAAUGGCCAGGGAGUCUGCCAGAUUGAAUGUGGAGCUCAGUUCUCUUUGGCUCUUACCAAGUCUGGGGUGGUAUGGACAUGGGGCAAAGGAGACUACUUCAGGCUAGGACAUGGUACUGAUGUUCAUGUGCGAAAACCCCAAGUAGUGGAAGGGCUGAGGGGGAAGAAAAUUGUGCAUGUUGCCGUAGGUGCACUCCAUUGCCUAGCAGUCACUGACACAGGGCAGGUUUAUGCUUGGGGCGAUAAUGAUCAUGGGCAGCAAGGAAAUGGGACUACUACAGUCAACAGAAAGCCCACUCUCGUGCAGGGUUUAGAAGGCCAGAAAAUAACCCGUGUUGCAUGUGGAUCUUCCCAUAGUGUGGCUUGGACGACCAUGGAUGUAGCUACCCCCUCUGUUCAUGAACCAGUUCUCUUUCAAACAGCUAGAGACCCUUUAGGCGCAUCUUAUUUGGGUGUCCCAUCAGAUGCAGAUUCUUCUGCUGCUAGUAACAAAAUCAAUGGUGUAAACAGCUCCAAACCUAACCGGCCUUCACUUGCCAAAAUCCUUUUGUCACUAGAUGGCAACCUUGCCAAACAGCAGGCCUUAUCUCAUAUACUGACAGCACUGCAAAUCAUGUAUGCCAGGGAUGCUGUGGUUGGAGCAUUGAUGCCUGCAAGUAUGAUUGCACCAGUGGAAUGUUUGUCUUCUUCUCCCGCACCACCUCCAGACCUUGCUUCCACAGGCAGUCCUCUCAAUGGGGAAGAAAGUAUGCUAGCAAUAGAUGUAGAGGAGAGACUGAGUCCAACCCCAUGGCAAGACAGGAGAGUGGAGGUGGCUUCUACAGAAGAUGCCGUGACCCCUUCUGCUGUGACUCCCUCUGCUUCUGCAGCCUCAUCUCGCCCUUUCAUUCCCGUCACGGAUGAUCCCGGAGCAGCCAGUAUAAUAGCAGAGACCAUGACCAAAACCAAAGAAGAUGUGGAAAGCCAAAGUAAAGUCUCUGGUCCAGAGCCCCAGUACUUGGAUGAGUUCACUGGUCUCCUGGUCCCAGAUGAUACCCGAGUUAUGGUUGACCUGCUGAAGCUGGCUGUGUCCAGUCGUGCUGGAGAGAAGGGAAAGGAUGUUCUUUCCGCUGUGCUGUCCGGCAUGGGCACGGCUUACCCUCAGGUUGCUGAUAUGUUGUUGGAGCUGUGUGUUACAGAGUUGGAAGAUGUGGCAACUGAUUCACAAAGUGGUCGUCUCUCUUCCCAACCUGUGGUGGUGGAAAGUAGUCAUCCAUAUACAGACGAUACUUCCACCAGUGGCACUGUUAAAAUUCCAGGUGCUGAAGGACUUCGAGUAGAAUUUGACCGCCAGUGUUCUACAGAGCGACGCCAUGACCCGCUCACUGUCAUGGAUGGGGUCAACCGGAUAGUUUCUGUCAGAUCAGGUCGUGAAUGGUCUGACUGGUCAAGUGAACUGCGCAUUCCAGGCGAUGAAUUAAAAUGGAAAUUCAUCAGUGACGGUUCUGUGAAUGGAUGGGGCUGGCGCUUCACAGUUUAUCCAAUCAUGCCAGCUGCAGGUCCAAAAGACCUUCUUUCAGAUCGCUGCAUUCUUUCUUGCCCCUCAAUGGAUUUAGUAACAUGUUUACUGGAUUUCCGCUUGAAUUUUGCUUCUAACAGGAGCAUAGUUCCUCGUUUAGCAGCCUCACUAGCAGCAUGUGCUCAGCUGAGUGCUCUAGCUGCUGGCCACAGAAUGUGGGCCUUACAAAGACUGCGAAAGUUGCUAACUACUGAGUUUGGCCAGUCAAUUAACAUCAAUCGAAUACUGGGAGAUAAUGAUGGCGAAGCACGAACUAUGAGUUUCACUGGCAGUGCCUUAGCCGCUCUAGUUAAAGGCCUUCCCGAAGCUUUGCAGCGGCAAUUUGAUUAUGAAGAUCCCAUUGUCAGAGGUGGCAAACAACUACUUCACAGUCCUUUCUUUAAGGUGCUUGUAGCUCUUGCUUGUGAUCUGGAAUUGGAUACUCUUCCCUGCUGUGCAGAGACACACAAAUGGGCUUGGUUUAGAAGAUACUGCAUGGCUUCCAGGGUUGCUGUAGCCCUUGAUAAGAGAACACCAUUGCCUCGCCUCUUCCUUGAUGAGGUGGCCAAGAAAAUUCGAGAAUUAAUGGCAGAUAAUGAAAAUAUGGAUGUUCUACAUGAGAGUCACGAUGUUUUUAAGAGAGAGCAAGAUGAGCAGCUUGUGCAGUGGAUGAACAGGCGACCAGAUGAUUGGACGCUUUCUGCUGGAGGCAGUGGAACGAUUUAUGGUUGGGGCCAUAAUCACAGAGGACAGCUUGGAGGCAUUGAAGGAGCUAAGGUCAAAGUUCCUACUCCAUGUGAAGCUCUUGCCACACUUAGACCAGUGCAAUUAAUUGGCGGUGAGCAGACACUUUUUGCAGUGACUGCUGAUGGGAAGUUAUAUGCCACUGGUUAUGGUGCAGGCGGAAGGCUUGGAAUUGGGGGGACAGAGUCUGUAUCUACUCCAACAUUAUUAGAAUCCAUUCAGCAUGUGUUUAUAAAGAAGGUUGCUGUGAAUUCUGGAGGAAAGCACUGUCUAGCUCUGUCCUCAGAAGGAGAAGUCUAUUCUUGGGGUGAAGCAGAAGAUGGGAAACUGGGUCAUGGCAACCGAAGUCCUUGUGAUCGUCCUCGAGUAAUUGAAUCUUUGAGGGGCAUAGAAGUCGUUGACAUUGCAGCCGGUGGAGCACACAGUGCAUGUAUUACAGCCGCGGGGGAUCUUUACACAUGGGGCAAGGGAAGAUACGGACGUCUUGGCCAUGGGGAUAGUGAGGAUCAACUCAAACCCAAACUGGUGGAAGCCCUGCAGGGCUACCGUGUGAUUGACAUAGCCUGUGGCAGUGGAGAUGCACAGACACUCUGCUUGACAGAUGAUGAUACUGUCUGGUCAUGGGGAGAUGGAGACUACGGAAAACUUGGAAGAGGGGGCAGUGAUGGCUGUAAAGUGCCAAUGAAGAUUGAUUCUCUGACAGGUGUUGGAGUAGUUAAAGUAGAAUGUGGCUCGCAAUUUUCUGUGGCACUUACAAAGUCUGGAGCAGUGUAUACCUGGGGCAAAGGAGAUUACCAUCGAUUAGGCCAUGGCUCAGAUGACCACGUUCGGAGACCUCGACAAGUCCAGGGGUUGCAAGGAAAGAAAGUCAUUGCCAUUGCAACUGGAUCUUUACACUGUGUAUGUUGCACUGAAGAUGGUGAAGUAUAUACAUGGGGAGAUAACGAUGAAGGGCAGCUUGGAGAUGGGACAACUAAUGCUAUCCAAAGACCACGCCUGGUUGCAGCACUUCAGGGUAAAAAGAUCAACAGAGUGGCUUGUGGCUCAGCACAUACCUUGGCCUGGUCCACCAGUAAGCCUGCUAAUGCAGGCAAGCUCCCUUCUCAGGUUCCUAUGGAGUACAAUCAUCUACAAGAAAUUCCUAUCAUUGCCUUGAGAAACAGAUUGCUGUUACUGCAUCACAUCUCUGAACUAUUUUGCCCUUGCAUUCCCAUGUUUGAUCUUGAGGGACGCCUUGAAGAAACUGGCCAAGGGCCCUCGGUGGGGUUUGAUACAUUAAGAGGAAUUUUGAUAUCUCAAGGAAAGGAGGCAGCUUUCAGAAAGGUUGUACAAGCAACUAUGGUAAGAGAUCGUCAACAUGGGCCAGUGGUAGAACUCAAUAGAAUACAGGUAAAGCGUUCUAGAAGCAAAGGAGGAUUGGCUGGUCCAGAUGGCACAAAAUCUGUUUUUGGACAGAUGUGUGCCAAAAUGAGCUCAUUCAGUCCAGAUAGUCUUCUCCUACCUCAUCGUGUUUGGAAAGUCAAAUUUGUUGGUGAAUCUGUGGAUGAUUGUGGCGGAGGCUACAGUGAAUCAAUAGCAGAAAUGUGUGAGGAACUUCAGAAUGGGCUGACACCACUUCUGAUUGUGACUCCCAAUGGAAGGGACGAAUCAGGAGCAAACAGAGACUGCUUCCUUUUAAACCCUGCAGCAAAGUCUUUAUUACACAUGAACAUGUUUCGCUUUCUAGGAGUCUUGCUUGGGAUUGCUAUUCGGACUGGGAGCCCACUGAGCCUCAACCUGGCAGAACCUGUAUGGAAACAGUUGGCAGGAAUGAACUUAACAAUUGCUGAUCUCAGUGAGGUUGAUAAGGAUUUUAUUCCUGGACUUAUGUACAUCCGAGACAAUGAAGCUACUUCUGAAGAAUUUGAAGCCAUGAGCCUGCCUUUUACAGUGCCAAAUGCUAGCGGUCAAGAUAUCCAGCUUAGUUCCAAAUACACCCAUAUUACACUGGACAAUCGAACUGAGUAUGUGAGGCUGGCAAUAAACUACAGGCUUCAUGAAUUCGAUGAGCAAGUUGCUGCCGUUCGGGAAGGGAUGGCCCGUGUUGUUCCUGUUCCUCUUCUUUCACUUUUCACAGGAUAUGAACUGGAAACAAUGGUCUGUGGGAGUCCAGAUAUCCCUCUCCACCUUCUGAAAUCCGUGGCCACAUAUAAAGGGAUAGAGCCUACCGCUUCUCUAAUACAGUGGUUCUGGGAGGUAAUGGAAUCCUUCUCCAACACAGAACGUUCUCUUUUUCUGCGCUUUGUAUGGGGCAGGACCAGGCUCCCUAGAACGAUCGCAGAUUUCAGAGGCAGGGACUUUGUCAUCCAGGUUCUGGAUAAAUACAAUCCACCAGACCACUUCCUUCCUGAGUCAUAUACAUGCUUUUUUCUGCUAAAGCUGCCUAGGUAUUCUUGUAAACAGGUGCUAGAAGAAAAACUGAAAUAUGCCAUCCAUUUCUGUAAGUCUAUAGAUACUGAUGACUAUGCUCGGAUAGCAUUGACAGGAGAGCCAACUGCAGAUGAUAGUAGUGAUGACUCCGACAAUGAAGAUGCAGACUCUUUUGCUUCAGAUUCUACACAGGACUAUUUAACUGGCCACUGAGAGGGAUGCCGGGGAUUGAUGCUGCAAGCACUGAGGCAGAGCGCCACAAAGUAGCAUUUAAGCAACGGACUGUUUAGAAUGAGGAUUCAAAGGCAUAUAACCAGUGAACUACUAAUUAUUGCUGAACACGGGGAGCUAGUAGGAAUAAUGGCAGAUAACUGAAGUAACUUUCUCUAGAGUAAAUUGGUGCCAUAAAUGGGCAUUGAACAUCUAUUUUGAUAGCUGAAGGUUCCCUUCUUUCCCUUUAUGCUGCACUGCAGGUAGAACUUUGUGUUUACUGAUGUGUUGUAAAUGUUUAUAAAAUAUUGGUAGUGUGGAAUUAAAAAAAGGAAAUCUUUUAAACUGUGGUGCAAUAGAUUUUUUUUUUUAAAUUAAGUGUUGUGUUCUUUGCAUCUUCUUGAUUGUAUAUUGGAACUACUGUGCAAUGACUCAAUAGUAUUAUAAAUAUUUCAAUUAAAUUUACUAGCUGUUUUGUUUAUUAAAAAACUUUUUGGAUCACUCAGUUAUCAGUAUUCCUUACAUUUAUCAAUAGAUAACUAACCAACACCUCAUUAAGCUCACUCCACCCUCCAAUGUCUAUAUUUUAGCUUCUAUAUAUAUAAUGUAUCUUGAAUUGAUAACUUUCUGUGAACAACAGAAUUCUUAACAUGGGAAGUAUACUGUACAUAAUUGUGCCAUGUAUAUGCAAAAACUAUAAUUUCCCUCUGAAUAAAACAUCUGUCACAAA